AUGCCCAGGUCCUCGAAUGAGAGACCCAAUGCUAGUUCGUCUGCCGAGGUGGGUAUGCCACCAGUGCCCGCAAGGAUCACUCAGGCCGAAACUAUGCCGACAGAUACACCAGUUGAUGGACAAUCUGAGUGUGGAAGCAUGCGUAUUAGUGACUCAGAGCUUCGCUAUGUUGGGGGCGAACACUGGGUUGCCAUACUGGACGGUAUCGCCGACCUGAAAGACCACCUGGACCGCGAAGAACAGCUGCGGCUAGCUCAGAGUUCCGACCGGGUUGAGGUUGAGCAUGGGGUUGGCCAUAGUAGUGAACCAUUUGCAAGGUUGCGGUCCAAUGAAGCAUUCCUGCUGUAUGGAUGUCGCCGCGCGAUGUCACGCGAUGAAAUACUCGCAGCAGUGCCUCCCAAAAACGCUGUCGAUCGCUACAUCUCUCGCUACUUCAACUAUUUGGAUCUUGUAUCGUCUUCCACGGUCCACGGACCGAGUUUUCUGCGCGAGUACGAGGCAUUCUGGGCCGAUCCGUACGAUGUCCCAAUAAUAUGGGUCGGACUCCUUUUCGGUAUGAUCUCUCUCGCAUGUCUAGCUUCUGACACGCCCGAUGGGCCCGAGGCCGAGCAACAGUCCCUCCAGGUGAAUCUGUACCGCGAGAAAAUUGUGCAAUGCCUAGUCAUGGGCGAAUAUACAAAGUGCGGGCCAUACGCCUUGGAAACGCUCAUCAAUUAUGUCUAUGUUGAAUUCUGCAUCCGUGCCGACGCCGACAAGGACAUCUGGUUUCUGCUCGCCCUGGAAGUCAACCUCGCCCGGCGCAUGGGUUACCACCGUGACCCAAGUCACUUCGCCAGCAUUUCGCCUUUCCGGGGUGAGAUGCGCCGGCGGCUAUGGGCGACAGUGCUAAUGAGUGAUAUUCUCAUCUCCAACCAGAUGGGCAUGCCACGAAUGAUCUCUGACUGGCAGUAUGAUACUGCGGAACCGCGGAAUCUCAAUGAUGCAGAUUUCGACGAGCAUACCGUAGAGUUGCCUCAACCGCGACCCGAAACUGAGCACACGACGGCCCUGGGUGUCAUCGCGCGCAGGCGUAUGUUGAAGGCGCUGGGCAUCAUUGCGGACCUCACAAGCGCAGUGCAGCCCUGCAGCUACGCAGAAGUGAUGCGAGUAGAUAGCCUCUUACAUAAAGCGGCUGCGAGCAUUCCGCCGCCCCUGCAGAUGAAGCCCAUGGCAGCUAGCGUGACGGACUCUCCACAGGUCAUUCUGGCCAGGCUGUUCAUCAGGCAUAUGUUUUACAAAGGACAGGUCAUGCUGCAUCGGCGAUUUCUUUACAUGCGGUCCCCAUCUCAGAACGAUGAUAUUUUUGAGUAUUCCCGGAAGGCGUGUCUCGAUGCUUCGUUGGAAUCUCUUGCGAUUCAGCACGUACUCGACGAGGAAACCUGUCCCGGAGGCCAGCUUCACACGAUGCGCUGGCGAGUCACCUCUAUAAUGAACCACCAAUUUCUCACGGCCACCAUGAUCCUGUGCUCCUUAUUGUAUCACGAGCAGACACUACAGCGGGAAGAUGAGAUCCGCGGUGCGCUGCAGAGAGCGAGGACAAUAUGGAUGCGCAGGUCCUCGACUUCUAAAGAAGCAAAGAAGGCCGCUGAAACCAUCAAUAUCGUGCUUUCCAGAACUGGAAAAGGUCAGGAAGGGGGUGGUCGGCCUAAAGAAGACGCCAGCAAAGAGGCUGGGGAUCUAAGCGCUCAAAGGAAUCCUCCAAUGAUGCAAGACACAUUUUUCGGCAUUAGUUUUGGCGGGGAGAAGGGGCUACCGGAUAGCAAUGGCUUCUAUGAGCCUGACUCAUUCAUCAUGCCUGAAUUCCUGGGUACUUUCCUGCCACCUGAUCUGCAGGGUCAAGAUCUGAGCUUCAGCGUCAACAGUCCUAGGCUACUCUGGGACGAAUUGAUGACAGCGAAUUAG